AUGAAACCUGAUGCUCAUGUGCCCAAGGAUUUGCUGCGCCAUGGCACAGACGAUCCAUUCUACGUCGGCUUCUCCAUGUCCGUGUACCAGUCCUCGGGCCAUGACCACAGCAGCUGGGGCGAGUUUGGGCGGUCGAGGACCUGGUAUGGGGGCCACACCAUCCAGGGCAAUCAGCAGUGUGGGGAGUCCUGCAAUUUCUGGGAGCUGUUCGAUGCCGACAUCGAGCGAGCCGCUAGCCUGGGUGCGAAUUGCUUCCGCAUCUCCCUGGAGUGGAGCCGCAUCGAGCCGGAGAAGGGGGAGAUCGAUUCCGCAGCUGUGCAGCGCUACCAUGAUAUCAUCGACAGCCUGGAGCGGCACAAGAUCGUCCCCUUUGUGUCCCUGCACCACUUCGUCCAUCCCAUCUGGUUUGAGCACCUGGGCGGCUUCCAAAAGGAGGAGAACAUUGCCUUCUUUGUGGACUAUGCCAAGCUGACUUUCAGGCUGUUUGGCUCCCGCAUCAAGUACUGGAGCACCUUCAACGAGCCCGGCAUCGCCAGCUUCGCCGGUCUGAUGAGCGGCACCUUCCCCCCCGGCAAGAUCCUGCGCAUCGCGGGGACGGCCCGCCACCUGCUUCACAUGCUGCAGGCCCACACCCGUGCCUACGAAGCCAUCAAGGCCAUGCCCGGCGGCGAUGCGGUGCUGGUGGGCAUCGUGCACAAUUUCUUCUGGUUCGAGCCCAAGCAGGCGUGGUGGGUGCCCAGCUAUGUCCGCACCAUCUGCAAGUUCCUCAACCUCAUGUGGGGCAACGAUACCGUGCUAGAGUAUCUGCGCACAGGGAGAUUCGAGUCCAAGGCCAGCUGGUUUGUUCCUGGGGUCUACUACCAGAACCCCACCGGCAGGCCAGGGUGCGACUUCUUCGGUCUCAACUACUACAGCAGGGGCGUUAUCGACUGGAAGCUGAUGCCGUCGUGCCAGCCGGGUGAAACCAUGACCGACAUGCCGUAUGCCCUCCAUCCCGACGGCCUGAAGAAGGCGCUGCACUCCAUCAACCGCCUGGAUGUACCCAUCUACAUCACGGAGCUCGGGGUGGCGGACAGCGGCGACGACAUGCGACGCAAGCUGAUCGAGGGUUACAUGCCCAAGGUGGCCGAAGCUAUGGAGGAAGGGUGCGACGUGCGUGGUGUGCUCUACUGGUCCCUGAUCGACAACUUUGAGUGGCAGAUGGGCUUCAAGAUGAAGUUUGGCAUAUACAACUGGGACAAUGACGGCAGCCAGAAGCGGACCCUGCGUGACAGCGGGAAGCUGCUCACACAGUGGUUCAAGCGUCUGACGGAGUAUGCGGCAGGGAAGGGGCUGCCGGUGGGCGUGGCCCUCAUGCGGUCCAUGCAUGUGGACCCCGGGCAGGAGCCCGGCGCCGCGGCCGAGGCCUUUGCCCACGCUGUGCACGCUGCGUGGGGCGUGGGCAGCGCGGCCUGCAACAAUGGCGUGCUCCUGCUCCUGGCCCUGGACCAGCGCCAGGUGUACAUCUCCACGGGGGCCGGCGCGACCAAGGCGCUGCCCGACGCCCACCUGGCCGCCAUCAUUGCCGCCGCCCGGCCUCUGCUGCGGCGCCAGCUCACGGGGGAAGCCGUGCAGCAGAUGGUGGUGGACGUGGGGUUGGGCCUGGCCGGCAGCCCAGGUCCCCGCCAUGACAGCGAGGACGGACUGGACUGGGUUGGCGUCGGCAUCUUCGGCACCGUCGCCGCCGUGAUCGGGGGGUCCAUGUGGUGCGUGGACCUAUGGAAGCACUGGCGCAGGAAAAAGGAGUUCAAGGCCUGCAAGCGCAUGCUGGACAAGAUCAAGCGUGAGCAGGACAACCUCCGCACGCAUGCCUGGUCCCGGCCUGCGAGCUGCCCAGUGUGUCUGGAGGACUUCAGCGCGCCCCCUGGCCCCGGUGAGGGCGCGGAAGGCACAGUGCCUUCAUCCACCGCCGACGAGGCAAGGGCCAGCAGCAGCUCAGCCCCGUCCGCGCCGCUCCUGCCUGGGGGCGACGCCGGGGUGGGCCUGCGCCGCCGGAGCGGGGGCCAGGAGGGCGCCAAGGAGGGCUCCGGGGACGGCGACGCCAAGACCCCGGUCACGCUGCGCUGCGGUCACACCUUCUGCGAGCCAUGUCUGGAGCAGUGGCUGGACAACCACACCAACUGCCCCAUCUGCCGGCAGGACGUGUCCACCCCGCCUGGGGCCCCCACUGGCAAGGGACAGCCGGCCACGCAGCAGCAGACGUCGACCGCUGAGGAGCGGGAGCGCGCCCAGCGUGCCGCCCAGGAGGUGCUCAACACCGACCUCAGCUUCCGGCUUCUGAUGCUCCAACGCAUGUACCCCUGGUACCUCACCGACGACAUGAUCGGGCGGUGGACGGGGGAGGCGCGGGAGACAGGGACCUUCGACUGGGCGGGCACCCGCGAGUUCCAGCUGCGCGACCCAGGCGUCGCGGCGCAGCAGCGGGAGUCCGGCGCCUCUGGCUUCGGAGGCGGGUGGGGCGGCGGGCACAGCGUCGGGGGGGGCGGUGCGGGCGGCAGCUGGUGA